AUGCCGAGCAUCACGGACGAGCACCCCGAGUACAGCCGCACCGGCAAGCUGGACACGCUCCGGGCGACCGAGUACGGCUACCUCGACGAGCAGGACCACGUCUACCUCGACUACACGGGCGCGGGGCUCGCCGCCCGUUGGCAGCUCCAGGCGCACAGGAACCGCCUCGACGGCGCCACGUUUGGGAAUCCGCACUCGGAGAGCCCAACCAGCCGCGCGGCGACGGACCUCGUCGACCGGGCGCGGCGCCGCGUGCUGCUGCACCUCAACGCCUCCCCGGAGGACUACCACGUCGUCUUCACCGCCAAUGCCACCGGCGCCGCCAAGCUCGUCGGCGAGGCGUACCCCUUUGCCAGGGGCGCGCGCCUCGUCCUCACCGCCGACAACCACAACUCGCUCAACGGCCUGCGCGAGUACGCCCGCCGCGCCGGCUCCAAGACGCGCUACGUGCCCCUGCGGCCCAAGGACCUGCGCAUCGACACCGACGCCGUCGUCGAGGCGCUGGGCCGCCGCCGCCCCUGGCCCCUGAGCCGGCCCUCGAAGCGCCCGUGUCCCCGGGGCCUCUUUGCCUACCCGGCCCAGAGCAACUUCAGCGGCGUGCGCCAUCCGCUGCGCUGGAUCAAGCUGGCCCAGGACCUCGGCUACGACGUCCUCCUCGACGCCGCCGCCUACCUGCCCACGAGCCAGCUCGACCUGUCCGCCGUCAACCCCAGCUUCGUCAUCGUCAGCUGGUACAAGGCGGCCACCGUCGCCGUCCCCUGGCACGCGCUGGCCCCGGGCGAGGCCGCCUUCGAGGACGGCACCGUCAACUACCUGUCCAUCCCGGACGUGCACGCCGGCCUGGACUGGGUGUCGGCCAUUGGCAUGGACGCCAUCGCCACCCGCGUGCGCUGCCUGACGGGCCUCUUCAUCGACCGGCUGCUCGGGCUGCGGCACGGCGACGGCAGCCCCAUGGCCGUGCUGUACGGGCCGGCCGGCACGGAGUCGCGCGGGGGCACCGUCGCCUUCAACCUGCUCGACGCCCGGGGCCGCCUCGUCGACGAGCGCCUCGUCGCGCUGGAGUCGGGCCGCGCCCGCAUCUCCCUGCGCACCGGGUGCUUCUGUAACCCGGGCGCGGGCGAGGCCGUCUUUGGCGUCGCCGCGAGCACGCUGCGGCCCCUGGUGGGCCAAAAGGGCGGCACGUUUGACGACUUCCUCCGCAUGGCGCGCCUGCCUACCGGUGGCGCGAUACGGGUUUCCUUUGGCGUCGCGAGCACGUGCGGCGACGUCGAUUACUUCAUGGAUUUUGCGACCAGAACGUACAAGGACCGCGUGACUUCGGCAGAGGGCUUGGCCCCGAGGCCGGGCUGUUGA